AUGAUUGAGUUUCGGCUUUUGAGUGGUGAGUUGUUGGAUGUGAACUUUCAGGAUUUGGAUCAUGUUUCGGAUGCUCGUGGACAGAUCGCACGUCUCGUUGGGUGGUCGCCAGAUUAUGUGAAGUUGAUCGAUUCGGGUGGGGACGUGCUGCUGGACCUCCAGAGGAUUCACGGCUGGUCCCACGCCGUUGUAACGGUUUGCCUAUCGCCGGAUCCAUUGGAGGAGCGCCUCGCAAUCACUUGUGGAGUGAUGGAUUUUGCAGAUCUGCGGUCUUGGGAGUCAACGGACUUGAGGUACGAUGAUCUGAAGGCGUUGCCGUAUCGUUUUGGGCAGCUCCAGUCGUUGCGGGUCUUGGACCUCCACCAGAAUUCAUUGACGUGGUUGCCAGACAGUUUUGUGAAGCUCGCUUCGCUUGAGCACCUUGAUCUUAGGGACAAUAGGUUUUGUGAUCUCGGCAUGUUGGCAAUUCUAGAUCUCCAGGGGAAUCGCCUCACCGAGCUGCCAGACAGCUUUGGUAAACUCUCCGCCUUGGAGACGCUGCUUGUGUCACACAAUUUUCUUAGUGUACUACCCGCAUGCUUCGGUGAACUUUACCGCCUCCGCAUUCUCAAGGCCGAGGGCAACAGGCUGACUGCAGUUCCUGCAAGCCUCGCCCUGCUGGGCCAGCUGGAGGUGGUGGACUUGCGAAACAACGCGUUGCGCUGCUUGCCUCAUGGACUUCCUCCCAUUCGCGAGCGCGUGGACCUGCAGCUGUCGGGCAACCACCCCGAUCUGGCGCACCGCGUGCCAGGAGCGUCGGGCGCUGGCCGGCUCUGCCUGGCCGUAG